AGGCCUCAGCAUCUGUCUGGGUUGGAGGUCAUUCGAGAUCUGUGUGAGGGGAAGCUGGAAGGUGGAGAAAUUGGCUCAACAGAAAUAACCUUCACCCCUGGGAAGAUCAAAGGUGGAACCCACAUAGCAGAUACGAAAACAGCAGGGAGUGUGUGUCUACUGAUGCAGGUAGCAAUGCCCUGUGUGCUGUUUGCUGCUUCCCCAUCAGAACUUCAUUUAAAAGGUGGGACUAAUGCUGAGAUGGCUCCUCAGAUAGACUACACAGUCAUGGUUUUCAAGCCAAUAGUUGAAAAGUUCAAUUUCACAUUUAACUGUGACAUAAAAAAGAGGGGCUACUACCCUCAGGGAGGUGGUGAAGUUGUAGUCCAGAUGUCACCAGUCAAAGAGCUGAGCCCAAUAAACCUGACAGAACGCGGCACAGUGACAAAGAUAUACGGAAGAGCAUUUGUGGCUGGAGCACUGCCUAUAAAACUGGCAAAAGACAUGUCGGCAGCAGCGGUGAGAUGCAUCAGGAAGGAAAUCAGAGAUCUUUACAUUAACAUUCAGCCUGUUCGAGAACCUGAUGAUCAAGCCUUUGGGACUGGAAGUGGAAUAAUUAUUGUUGCAGAGACUUCGACGGGUUGUUUGUUAGCUGGGUCAUCACUUGGCAAGAGAGGAAAGAAUUCUGACAAGGUUGGCAUUGAAGCAGCUGAGAUACUGCUUAGGAAUCUUAAACACGGUGGAACUGUGGAUGAUUCUUUGCAAGACCAACUGAUCAUUUUUAUGGCACUAGCAAAGGGGGUGUCUAGAGUGAAAAGUGGACCGAUUACACUUCACACUCAAACGGCUAUUCACUUUGCAGAGCAGCUAACAAAGGCCAAAUUUACUGUGACAAAAUUGGAAGAGGAAGAUCCCAGUAAAGACACCUACAUCAUUGAGUGCCAAGGAAUGGGGAUGAUAAACCCAAACUUAUAGGGUUUAGGAAAAAAAAAAAAGUAGCAAGCUGACAAAAGCAAAACUCAACAUACCUCAGUGAUGUAUUGCACUACAUUUCAAUGGAUGUACAAUAUGCCUGUGAGCAGGAGGAGCCUUCUGUCACGUCUGAGUGAUUUAACUUCAAGGACGAU